CCCUAGCACAACAACCUAUCUCCCAUCCUCCACCGAUUCACUGAGUCGAAAGCACCCGAUCCGACACUGAGCCAUGCCAAACCCCAAGGUCUUCUUCGACAUGACCGUCGGUGGGGCCCCCGCCGGCCGGAUCGUGAUGGAGCUCUACGCGGACACAACCCCACGGACUGCUGAGAACUUCCGGGCCCUCUGCACCGGCGAGAAGGGCACAGGGCGCUCUGGCAAGCCCCUCCACUACAAGGGCUCGAGCUUUCACCGAGUCAUUCCGAAUUUCAUGUGCCAGGGCGGCGAUUUCACUGCCGGAAACGGUACCGGCGGCGAGUCGAUCUACGGCUCCAAGUUCGCUGACGAGAAUUUCAUCAAGAAGCACACCGGCCCCGGGAUCCUGUCCAUGGCCAACGCCGGACCUGGAACGAACGGCUCCCAGUUCUUCAUCUGUACGGCCAAGACGGAGUGGCUCGAUGGGAAGCACGUCGUGUUCGGUCAGGUCGUUGAGGGUAUGGAUAUCGUGAAGGCGAUCGAGAAGGUGGGGUCCUCGUCUGGGAGGACCUCGAAGCCGGUCGUGAUCGCCGAUUGCGGUCAGCUCUGUUGAGAUGGACGGUUGGGAUGAUGAUGUCCUAAGAAAUUAGGGUUUAUGACUUUGGGUUUAGAGUCUUGUGAUCUUUUUACGCUUUUGUCUUUGAGAAGGGAGUAAACGACUGUUUGGGUGUAGAAAGGGUUCUUUCUUAUAAUAAGAUUAGGGUCUUGCGUUUUCCA